AUGCAGCAUAUUUUGCUAUUCGCGGAAAUCAUAGCUGUUGUUUCUACGCGUACGCACCUGUGUUCCUUUUUCAACAUUUUCAGCUCUUUCUUUUUUUUCUUCUUUCCCAUUUCCAACCUUUUCUCUCUCACCUCACCCUCCGCGUUACCUUUUAGAUUUUUCCUUAAUUUUUCUUUCAAUUUAGGCUUUGGUUCAGAGUCCGUUUCAUGUGAAGGUACAAAGGUAACUUUUAAGUUAUUAGAAAAUCAAAAAAAGAAACCAAAGAUAAAAGUAGGGUCGCUAUGGAUUAUACCAUUGAAGAGCGAAUUUGUGAUAUUGCAAUCAUGCGAUCGUCAUCAUAAUUUGCUCCGCAAUUUGUUAGUGGCUCGACAAAAAUUCCAUGCAGGAAAUACAGGCCACUAAGCAGCUGGAGUGUUAGGGAGGGAGAAGAAAUCUGGCUUCGCAGAAAGUGACUAUGCUACCUUGAUUGUCUCUGCAGAUGGUGGAGAGAAGAAGAAAGUGGAAGAAAGCAAGAAGGGAGACUCUAAAGGGAGCAGUAGAGCAGAAGCCGGUGCCAACAACAAGGAAGGGACAACGUCCGGUGGAAACGUCGGGACGAAGAGCAAGCAGGACGGUGGUGGAGACGGAAGCAAGAGAUAAAAAGACUUCACAAAUCAGUCCUGUUAAUGCGAGCAGCAGAAACUUGUGGGUGUCCGGAUUGUCAUCGAGCACACGUGCGACAGAUUUGAAACAAAUAUUUUCGAAAUAUGGGAAAGUGAUAGGUGCAAAAGUGGUUACAAAUGCAAGAACGCCUGGUGCAAGAUGCUACGGAUACGUGACCAUGUCUACAAGCGAAGACGCGGCAAAAUGUAUACAACAUCUGCAUAGAACUGAACUUCACGGGCGUGUGAUUUCUGUAGAAAAGGUAGAUGAAAUAAGAAAACAAAAAAAAGUAAAGAAAUAUCCCUGUCCUUCUAUAGAGCUUUCAGUUGAUAUGCUCCUCUCUCCUUUGUGUUUAAAGGCGAAAGGUGACACACAACAGAGUCACAUGCGUAAACGGGAUACCACGAAUGGGAAAUCGGAAAAGAAAGAAGAGAAGGAAAAGAUAAAGGAUAACCACGAGAUCAGUGAUCGGAAGGAUAAGGAAACUAAGAAAGAAACGGAGGACAAAGGAUCGGAAGCAAGAGUGUUUAAACGUGCUGUAACAGUGAAAAAGUCGGAUGAGAAGAGCAACGAGAACAUCGAUAGUAAAAAGGCAGAUAUACAAGAGAAGAAAGAUGAAGUUUCGAAGGAUGCUGAUUCCCGAUCGACCAAGUCCACCAGCAAGAAGCCGGAGAGCGAAAGAGGAAGACGCGACGAGAAGAGAAUUCGUUCGUGGGACCAUCACCGAUCUCACACUCGAUCUCGCAGCCGCGAACGGCGUAGACGCGACGACGUGCUGACGUUUGCGAAGAUCAGGGUCGAUUACGAAGCGGGGGAGAGAAGGAGAGAAAGCAAGAGUGCAUAUUUUCAGGAGGAACGGGAAAGGCAAAGGCUGCGGGAAAGAGAGAGAAUGCUUCGUGAAGAGGAACGAAGAAGAAGAGAGGACAUGGAGCGGCAACGAGAAGUAGAACGUAGACAAAGAGAAGAGGCUGCACGACUGGAAAGAGAGCGAGAAAAAUUGCGAAGAGAACGGGAAAGAAUUGAGCAGGAGAAAGCCGAAUUGCUUCGACUUGAGCGGGAACGUCAAAAGCUGGAACGGGAGAAGUUAGAGCGAGAAAGAUUGGAAUUAAAGAGGCAGCAGAUGCGAUUAGAAGAGAGCAGGCGUGCUCCGCCCCCGCCGUCUAUUAAGAGAUGUUCUAGCGACAGAAGAGAUCCUAGAGACAUGUAUGUUGAACCAGAUAGGAAACGUUUGGCCACCGAACAUAGUCGAAAACACAUUCCGGAACGUGUAAGCGAUCGUCGCGGUGAAAUUUUAGAUCGUGUAUCGGAUAGACGACUGGACGCGUCACCACCUACUCGCUACGAAUCUAGUAGAUCUGCGCAGGAUUUAGGAUUAAAGAAGGAAUUCAAACGCAGCAGCGAGUUCACUUCUCGCAGUAGUCGUCCCGAUAGUUUUUCUGACGUAUCUCGGGGAAGAGAAGUGAUCGUACGCCGAGAAACUCUUAGCACGACAGCAACAUCUAUCGAUCCUCGACAAGUUAAGGAAAGAUAUGAACGUGCAAGUACAACUUAUACACGUGACCGUGAUAUUAGACGUUCUGAAACGGACACCCAUAGAAGUUCUAGGGAUAGUCAUACACGAUACAGUGACAGCUUCAAAACAGCUACAGCUUCUAGCACACCACGUGACAGUCGGUACGUUGAAAGCAAUAGAACAACUAGCAGCUGGCAUUCUGGACCUCCAUCUACAAAAUCAUUUAAUUCCGUACCGAGCAGCGGAACUCGAGAUCCUCGAAAUGAACCGUCUAGUUGGAGCUCUAGAUCCUCCGAUAAUUUAAACAGAUGGAAUAAUUCAAGUAGCAUUGGAAAUACAUUACGGCAUCCAGUACCACCAACGUAUCAAAGCAGUCCUAUUCAAUCUAUAGGAUUGACAGCGCCUGGAACAGCACCUUCGUACGAUCGUUUCGAUCCAUAUAAAUCAUCUAUACCGAGUAUGAGGAAAUAUUGAUCUUACAUCGCUGAUUUGUAUCAUUAUAACGAAUAAUUGGUGAAUUUUUAUAUCCACCCGACUCUGACAUUAGACAUAUAUAUAUAUAUAUAUAUGUAUAUAUAUAUGCGCGCCUACAUUCACUCACACAUAUGCACACGCACACUAAAUUAUUAUUUAUAUUAUUGUCAAAUCAAACUUCAUAUUUCAACAGUUAAUAUACGUGAGAUUUCAAUUGUAAUGCAAUUGCCUGCAUUUGACAAAGAAAUUGUGAUUUUUUUGUAGAACAGGUGCAAACAACUUCUCUCAUUAAUGAGUGA